UCACGGCGAAUGCCCUCGUGUCUCCGGCAUUGGACUAUCAUCUGAGCCUCCUAUCUUCAGCCACCCAACAUCGGUAUCUUGCAUCUUCCUGCUACCCCUUGAACGGCCGCACGAAAUUUUCACAGCUUUACCGGCACUAUCUUCAUCGCCGACUUUCCAUAAGAAUCAUCCGAGCCUCCUAUCUUCAGCAAAAAUGCCGGCCAUGUCCAGCCUAGCACUCGAGCGCAAUAAUCGCGCACGCCUACGCCCUCAAGCAGAGAUCAUAUCUCCAAGAUCAGAUCGGAUCUUCACUCAGGCUAACCGGGACAGUCCUGACCCACCACGGCAAAGGGUAUCUAGAUGGCUCUUCGACCAACAACAUCUUGUGCAGGCAGGCAUCAUGGUCAAUGUCGAUUCACCACGCUCCAUUCGGAUGAGCCCAGCCCUCUCAGCAAACAUUCAAUCUACCAUGUUCGAAACACCACCUAGAAACACACGGCCUCUCAACCUAUUGCCACCUCUUCGACCACCUAAGCGAACUGUGUCGUAUGGCGGAAACCAAGAUGUAGACCCAGAGAACGAAGACAAAAAGUUAGACAGCUCCCUGAGGCGUGGCUUUAUCAACCUUCUUAAAAUACGCCCGGCCAAAAGGACAAGGAAUAACCCGCCGCCACCACCACCACCACCACCACCCCCACCCCCGCAAAGAAGAUUAGCGAACAGCAGGCAUGCGGACUCUCAAGCAGUCCGCUCUUUUCGACAGGUGCUACGAGCUCCGGCUAUAGAUGAUGUCGCGACCGCUGUGUCGGCCCAAGACGGCAAAGACAUCUUUCCCUUGCUCAUGCUCCCGUUUGAGGUUCGUGAAAAGAUUUUGAGAUAUAUACUGGUAUCCGACAAGCCCGUCUAUGUGAAGCGCCUCUGGACUGAACAGGUCCGUUCUAUACGCCGCAAUACCCGCGGACGAGGACACGGGGGUAAUGGCGAUAAAAGCGAAGAGGAAUACACUAAUAAAACGACCAUUUUACGAACAUCCCGUCAAAUGCUGGCAGAGGGCAGCUUACUUCUUUACUCGAAGAAUCAGUUCGUUUACCUAUUGCGAGACCCUAUUCACGCCAAGGUGGAUUUCGCUUCCAUGCUUAAGGAAGCGCAGAAGUCCCCGAAGAAAAUCGAAGGUCGUGACAAACGUAAGCGUAAAGCAGACAGCCAAUACGGCUUAUACGAAAUCAACAUCGCGAAGUAUGGACACUUGAUGCGACAUUUAAGUAUCGAACUCGAGCCGAACAGAUCCGGCAACCAAUACAGGGAGCUUAUGGAGCAGGCCCUUUAUGUCUUGACUAGCUCCGAUAGAAGGGGCAGACACUUGCUUGCUGGCCAAUUGGUGGAUGGAAAAACCCCAAGAAUUUUCCUCCACACUUUGACAAUCACCGUGUCACCUGAAAACGAUCAGGGUCGCCCUGGCAGCGGAUCAGUUUCUAAGAACAGCAGCCAAGGGUCGAGAAGCCCGUAUUCGAGCGCCAUCGAGCUGUUCGAUAGUAGAUCACUCGUUAUGCAUGCGCUCUCCCGCAUUGACACCCAAUUUCUUCGAAUCAACAUGCAUAUCGAUGAAGGCCCUUCUAAUGAGGGGGAUGACGAAUUUGCGGUAAAUGAUCACUUGAUGAAGGAGCAGCGGGCCAAGAGGGGCGAAGAGGCCGAGACAGCACUGCAGACUCUCAAGAGUCGUAUGUAUGAGGGGUUCGAGAAUCCGGAUCAGGCUGUAGCCGACGGACUUUGGGAGGACAAUAGCGCCGCCAAUAUGCGUCGCAAAAAGGAGAGGGCGGAGUUCGAGGCCCGUCUCGAGGGUGAUGCUCGCCGCCAGAAUGAUGGCGAGGAAGAGUCCAGCUCCAUUGACGACAGCGACGAAGAUGAGAAUGAUGACGAUGAUUACGAGAGUCGGCCAAAGAAGAGGAAGCUGACGACUCGCGGCCGUGGACGGUAUGGAGAUUCGUUGCUCAUUUCUGUAAAACGUGUUGCUGAUGGAUUGGUUGUUUCCAGGUCUUGA